CUAGUCCAGUGUUUUUAUUUCACAGCUGGGGAAACUGAGGCUGGGAUGGGUAAUUACUGGUGGGUCAGAGGCAGAGCCUGGACCACAUGUGAAAGCCCCUUCCUCCUCCUAAAAUCCCUGGGAGUGGUGGCAGUACACAAGAGCAGGUGAAAUGGGCUGUCAUGUUGAGGGGGAGCAUGGUGUUUCAUCAAAACUGGACACUGACCACCACCACAACCCCAUCAGUAACCCUCACUCUGUUGCAUAGUUUAGCUAGUCCUCUGUCAGAAUUGGUGUCUUUCUUUUUCAUUUAGAAGUGGAACGCAAUGCAGGAGCCUAACCAAUCCUACGUGACUGAAUUCAUCCUUCUGGGCUUCUCCUUCAGUCCCAGGACCAUGCCUCUGCUCUUCUCAGCCUUCCUGAUGAUCUAUCUGUUGACUAUUCUGGGCAACAGCACUAUCAGUAUCCUCAUCUGCCUGGAUUCGCGCCUCCACACACCCAUGUACUUCUUUAUUGGCAUCCUUUCCCUGUUGGAUCUGUGCUACACCACUACAACUGUGCCCCAGAUGUUGGCACAUAUGGCCAGCCUGAAGAAGACCAUCUCUUUUGCCAGCUGUGUGGCCCAAAUGUACAUUUUCUUGGUGCUAGGCAUCACUGAGUCCUGGCUUUUUGCCGUCAUGUCUAUAGACAGGUACAUGGCCAUUUGCCACCCACUUAGGUACAAGGUCAUCAUGAGCCCUCUGUUUUGUGGGGUAAUGGUCUUUUUCUGUGGACUCUGGGGUGUCAUCUCUGCUCUUCUUUACACUGUGUUUUCCAUGCGUCUGCCCUACUGUGGCCCCAACAAGAUCAACCACUUCUUCUGUGAAGUCCCAGCAAUCUUAAAACUGGCUUGUGCAGACACCUCAGUCAAUGACCGAGUAGACUUCAUUCUUGGCUUUAUUUCGGUCCUGGUUCCACUUUUCCUUAUCCUUGUCAUUUAUGUCAAUAUCUUAGUUGCCAUCUUGAGGAUCCGUUCAGCCCAGGGGCGGCUGAAAGCCUUCUCCACAUGUGCCUCCCAUAUCACUGUGGUCACCAUGUUUUGUGUGCCAGUCUUGCUCAUGUACAUGAGGCCUGGCUCUGAGGCCUCCCCAGAGGAAGACAAAAAGUUGGCCCUGUUCUACAAUGUCAUCUCUGCUUUCCUCAACCCCAUCAUCUAUAGCCUCCGAAAUAAAGAUGUGAAGGGGGCAUUCCUCAAGGUGACAGGCUGGGGCAGAGCCCCAAAAUGAGGCCCUGGAAGGAUAGCUGGGGUACAGAGAAACAAGACUCAUGAUGCACACUCAAUGCACCUAUACUCAUUCACAUACUCAGUAGCACUGGUACACACCUCCUCCGCUCAGCUCCAAUCUCAACACUACACUGGUCCUUGGGAGACAGCCCAUGAUUUGGCCGACAGAUUAAUACCAUGAAAUGUCUUCUAGGCACAUCAGUGUUCCAGUAUGCUUUUUUUCUAGAAUCUUUGUAGUUAACAAAAGAGGGGACAUUUUUGUCAACUUAGUAGUUAACAAAAGAAGAGCCAUUAAGAUAUUUUAUUGAGACACAGGGAAUGGGUUUUGGGGUAUGUUCUGUGUCUGAAUCUUGAGAAAGGUUCAUUACCAUCUUAUAAUGGCAUACAUGGUAUUAGCAAUCACCAAUGCAAAUGUUCAUUGAUGCUUUCUGUAUGGCAGGCUGAAUGCUAGGUCCCGUGGAUGCAGGCAUGGAUAACCCAUGUCUCAGUGUAGUGGGUGAGAGAUGAGAACUAAGACAAGGAUGCCUAGGAUACUAAGCAUGCUGCUGGAAGCACACUGAAGGAGUGAUGGUGUGGUUGGCCUGGCUUCACAGAUGAGUCCAUAUUUCUGCUGGGUGUUGGAAUAAUGAGUAUAAGUUUGAUAAUUGGAAAAAAUGGCAGAGAGCGGAGGUGAGGUGUGGAAGGAUUUCGGACAGAGGAAAUGGAUGUUGAAAGCCAAGGGCCCUCGAGAUUCCUUAGAAUGAGCCGGAUGACUGGGACAUAGACCCAGGCAGGGGAGCGGGAUGUGACAGGUAGGGGGUGGCACACUGUGUUAAAGAGAAUAGGGUUUCCCCCUCUAAACAAUUAUUUUCCAACAAGUGUUACAAAUUCCAGUUUUUUGAAACAUUCUGUGAUGAAAACAUUCCUUGUCCAGAAACACCAAUCUCUUCAUGCUUCUCAGUGAACAGUAGUAUGUUAAAGACUCUGAGAAGUCCAAGAGUAAUAAGCAAAUAGAUAAAUGAACAAGUAGAAACAAGGAAAAUACCUAUGCUAAUUCUGUUUAACACAAUAUUUACCAAAACUUGUUGGAACACAGAACCCUGUCUUCCUUCAAUAUUAAUUAAUGGAAGAAACUAAUAUUUUCUAAAAAUGUAUUUUAAGAAGGGCAAUGGCAUGCAUGAAUGGAUUUGAGGGGAGAAAUAAAAAUAUGAAGUGGCUCAAGUAUACCUCAAAUAUCACUUCUCUCAGUUAGUCAUUCUUAAUAUCUUUGUACAUGGUUUAUCCCUAUGUACCAUUUGACAUAUUGAUAUCAUGUAUUAAUACUGUUCUACAGCCUUUCAUGUGACCUCUAUGUCUCUUGCACACCUACAUUUUCUAUAAUUUUAUUGCACUGUGCUUCAGUUUGUAUACUUCCUUUUGACCUGAUUUCCAGCUUACUAAGUUUUCAUUCAGUUGUGUUUAAUCUGCUGUGAAAUCCAGAAAUAAAUUAUUAAUUUUAAUUAUUAUAUAUUUGGCUCUAAAAUGUGAAUUUUAUUCUUUUUUAGUUUCCAAGUCUCCAUCUUAUUAUUUAUCACAGUUAUUUUAAAGUCCAUGUCUGAUAGCUCCAAUAUCUAGAUUUUCUAUAGGUCCAUUUUAUUGCCUCUUUUUUCUCUUAAUUUUCAGUAAAUUUUUAUUUUUGUUUGCCUAGUAAUUUUUUUUAAUUCCAGACACUGUGUAUACAAAACUUGGAGAGAUAAUUUGAGGUUCCAGAUAAGUCUGGAUUCCUUUAAGUAGAUUUACUUUUGCCAGAAGGCAGACAGUUUAAGC